AACUAAACGGAGACAGUGACUGCGAAGCAUCAAAACGAAGAAGAAAUGGAGAAAAGAGAAGACUUGAAUUCGGUUUUACCCUACUUGCCAUUGUUGGUUCGAUCAUCAACUCUGUUUUGGCCAUCGAAAGUAGUCGAAGCUCUAAAAUCAAUGGCGAAAGGACCCGAACACAGCCGUGUGAACUCAGGAGAAGUGCUUUCUGUGGCCAUUUGUGACAUCAGAAGCUCGCUCUCUCUCUUUGAACCUCUCGCGCCUUUUGCCCUCAAUGUUUACGCGCUUUUCUUCGAUGACCUUAUAUCUCGGGCGGAAUCAACAAAGUGGUUUGGAGAGGUUGUUCCGGCUCUAGCAAAUUUUCUCUUGAAGUUGCUCUCUCUAUUAGAAAAUCACUAUCAAAACGUAGAUGAUUUUCUUGGAAAGUAUGGCAUCAAAACAGGUCUCCGCGUAUUAGGUCCACAAGAAGCUGGGAUAGUGUUGCUCAGCCAGGAAUUGAUUGGUGCUCUUCUUGCAUGCUCUUUCUUUUGUUUGUUCCUAGUCACUAAUAGAGGUGCAAACCAUCUUCCUACCAUCAACUUUGAUGAAUUGUUUGCGAGUCUAUAUGAAAGUAAUAGUGAAAAUCAGGAAAAUAAAAUAAAGUGCAUUGUACAUUAUUUUGAAAGGAUAUCCUCAUGUAUGCCUGUUGGCUCUGUCUCAUUUGAGCGGAAGGUUCUUCCUUUAGACCAUCAUCCUUUAUUCAUCUCUUAUCCUUAUGCUGACGCUUGGAGCAAAUCCGUCAUUCCUCUCUGCCCUUUUGAGGCUUACAGUUUAGGCUCAAUAGAAGAUCACUCCACCGACACUCUUCAAGUGGAUUUUGCAAACAGGUAUAUUGGAGGUGGUGCACUUCAUAGGGGCUGUGCACAGGAAGAGAUCCGUUAGAUCAAUCCAGAAUUAAUUGCUGGGAUGCUUUUCUUUCCUUCCAUGGCUGACAAUGAGGCUAUAGAAAUUGUUGGUGAAGAAAGAUUCUCAGACUAUAAUGGGUAUGCCUCGUCAUUUUGUUUUUCUGGUGAUCAUGUGGAUAAAAGGAAUGUUGAUGUUUUAAGUAGACGUAAAACGAGGAUAAUUGCUAUAGAUGCAUUAUGCUGGCCCGGAACGAAACAAUAUGCGCUAAAAUACCUCCUUCGGGAGACAAAUAAGGCUCUUUGUGGGUUUAUUGAUCAAUCUAAAUUUGGUGGAUAUGAGAGACUUUUUCCAGACAUGGGACCUCAUGAAGCCAAGGAUAAAGACAACAUAUCGAGGAAUAAUUUUUCGUUACAUGAAGCUUCCUCAACUGGUUUUGAAACAAAUGAAGGAAUAUCUGUAAAUCUGAUGCUCAGAAAUUCCGACCAGAAGAGUUGUCAGUUUCUGAGACAUAAGGAAUCUCCAGGGAUUGUGACUGGGAAUUGGGGAUGUGGGUCUUUUGGGGGAGAUCCUGAGCUGAAGGCCAUAAUUCAGUGGCUUGCUGCUUCACAGGUGACACAGUGGAUUCUUACACAUGAAUGGACAGUUGGGGACCUCUGGAAUAUGAUGGUAGAAUACUCAUCGCAAAGAUUGAAGGGAGAAAUGAAUCUUGGAUUCUUUGCUUGGCUUCUUCCGUCAUUAACUUGCCAUUAAUCCAAGAUAUUUGACUUGCCAUAUACGCGUUAACUUAAUUUUUAUGAUCAUUAGUUGAAUUAGAUUUACACCAUUUUGCUUUUCUGUAUAUAAUAUUGUUCUUUGAGUUGUAUGUUCUGAUGAAAAAUGAAAUUUGUUGUUGUCAAUAGGUCUAACUGGGGUUAUUUUGUAAAAGUUCAAUGCUCUGCUAUUCUGUACCUUUCUUAUUCUUGUUUGUAAAGGGAGGGUUCUGAAUAGCUGAA